AUGACGGAGCAACAUCCUUCAACGCUUCCGCCGCCGAAUGCCGAGCGGGCAAAAGGCGACGCGAGCGAUGAAUACGCCGCCGAUGACACGGUAUCUAACACCGGACAGAAUGUGCAAUCGGAGCCAAAGGCUCCACUUGACGAAGAGACACAACUAGCUCUGGAUGAAGUGGAAUCUGAAAUAUCGCAACUGCUGGCAACUGGCAUACAGGACACCAGUGUCUUGGGUCGCCACGACGAAUGUGAAGCCGUCUGGCAGCGCAUACGACAGCAGCACGGUGAACUACGUUCAACGGUAGACAACGAGCUCGGAAUCGACCCUCAGCUUAGAGAUGUCGUACGCGCGUUCGCAGAAGGAUCCGUCUUACCCAUCAGUGGUCUCAUCACCCAGUUGCGCGAACACAUCGCAGCCCACUGCAAAGUUGCCAACCAAGAUAUUGGCAGCACCCAGCUCGACACGGUUGUGCCUCUACUUGUCACCCGAAAGAAUCUAGGGGAGGCCUUCGAUGGUGACAAUGAAAUGGACAGGCUGGAGUCAGUUCGGGCCGAGUGUAUGUGGGUCUGGGAAUCGCCCUCCGUUGACGUGUUCCCGGACACUAUCCAGGAGCGCGUCAAUGCGGCUCGAGAGGCUCGCAACUUGAUUUCUAGGCGCUACAUCACCCUCGUGAAGGUGCGAGAUGCCAUUAAUAGCGGUGACACGGCAGCCCGGAAUGCGGCUAAUGAGGAACUGGGUGCCAUCUACAAGAAAAUGCUACUCGAAAGGGAAAAGCGGGAGCGAUUGGAAGCCGUGAAUAAGACGAAGAAAGUCAAGAAGCAUGAAAGCUCGCCACCGCAGGCCAAGGUUUCGCAGGCGAAGGAUUCAAAGGCUGCGCCGAACACAAAGCACGAGAAAGCCACGGCCAAGGCGACUGCGAAGCCUCACGCGGCAUCGUCAAAACAACCCAACAUGCUCCUCAACUGGCUGAAAUCAUCGUCCACAACACCGGCUGCGUCCUCUAUCGGCGACGAUAACGCAGGUAAUGCGCCCUCGACCGCUCGCAGCAGCCCCCCAGCAACCAAAGCCCCUACGAGCAGCAGCGGCACCGGGCCAUCUUUACAACCAACGGAGGUAAAUGCGGAUGAUUAUGAGGACAUGGGUGCCUCCGAGGUGCAAAUGGUGGAGAUUGCCAAGCUUAUGGAAGCGCUUCCCCGGAAUCGACGCCAGCAAAGCAGCCCCAAUGCAUCAGCACAUGGCGUCAGUUGCGACACCGCAGAACGUGUCUCUACAGCGGAUGAUGGCGACGGCAGCUCCCCGGAUUUUGACGAGUUCAAGAAGAUGUGCGAAGACCACCGAAAUGCAUGGAUGAGGUACUUUACGUACGUGAACACCAAUCGCAAAUUCUAUGUUGAGGCGUCAACCAACACAGCGUCGACGGACGAAGGCGCCGCUGAGCCAGUUUCAGCGCGUGAAAGUGGCUCAAAAGGUUUUGUGGUCGAUGACCUAGUUAACAAUAUCCGUGACACCAUCUACGGCGACAAGGCCCUUAAGCAGGAGAGGUCUGCCCGGCUCUUCUACAUGUCGGACAACGAAUGGAAGCGGCCGUCCAUGAGGUUGCUAAUCUCCAGAAGUUCGCAGAUCGUCAAACCCACCGAGCCGUUGGCAAUCGAGCCCGCCAUGGACUACUACGGCGACAGCGACGAAGAGUGGUUCGAGCAGUACGAUGUGGACGACGUCGAAGAAAGCGGGAGCGAAGAGGAAGACGAUGACGAAGACGAGAACGACUGGAUAGUUCAGGACAACCCUCAGCAGGAGUUGCAGAAGCACACGCUCAAUUUGUGCGAGGUGGUGAAGGUCUACUGCGUUAACAAAAACUGGCACUGGAUCGUUGAUGGCGUUCCUCAGAACAACGACGAAUGUUGCAGCAUCGAGGAGGCCAAGAAGAACGGCAUGGACAUCGCCCCGUGCGACUACGGCUUUGGUUACGAGGGCUACACCCAGAACCCGAUUUCUGAGUUCGUCAGCAACAUGCGUGGACACCAAAUCAUCAUGACCAAGGAGGACGUGCAGGAGUUCCUGAAGCUCUGUCACGGGAAACACACCAAAAAGGAGGUGCUCAUAAGCGAGUUCAAGAACAAGAAGCCCUUCUGCUCAACUGUCGAGCUGAGAGAGAAAUUCAAGAAGUACAUAUGCCGCAUGAAGGUCGACCACACCCCCCAGCGGUGGCUGGUAACGACGGAGGCAGCCAUCCUUUUCGGCAUUCGGCACGAAUUGGAUGCAAUUCUGGCGGCGGCUAUGGAACAGGUAUUGGAAGAAGCGUGA